AUGAUAUUUUAUAAUUUUAAAUUAAUUAUAUUUACAAUUAUAUUAGGAGCAUUAACCUUAAUUUACAAUAAUGACUGUGAUGGAUUAUAUAAAAAUAUAAACUAUAGAAACACAACAUUAGUGGCAACAAAGAUUAGAUCAUUAGGAGAAUUGUUACAUGAACUUACAACAAAUAAUAAACGCGAAAAAUGUAAAUUAAGAGAAUGGAAAGAUAACAAUGAAACUAAAUACAAAAAAAAACAAUAUCCAAACGAUAAAGCAAAAAGAAAACAAAAAAUACCAGAAGUAACACAAAAGGAAAACACUAGAACAACAAAUUUAAAGAUAUAUAAAAACGAAAAAUAUGAUAAAGAAAUAGUGGCAAAAUCAAAUAUAUCUUCUCGUUCCCUUAAAUAUUUAGAAAUGCAAAGAAAACUCUACAAUAAUUUCUAUGUAACACCAGAAAUCGAUUUUCAGAAAACUUCAGAUAAAUUAAAUAGUAAAUGUUGUGAAUCUACAAAUAAAAAGAAAUCAUCUAAUAAAUUACCCUUAUCAAAUAAAGUACAUGAUAAUUAUUUAGAUAAUUUAAAAACAGGUUGUGUUGGAGGUGUAGGUAUUUGUGGGAUUUCGUCUAUACUUGCAGGAAAUUCUGGUGUUGCUGCUGGUGCUACUGCUAGUGUUGCUGCUGCAGUUGAAACGGCAUCCACAACAAUCCCAACACUUGCUACAAAACUUACAAGUGACAUAAUUGGUGCAAAAUUCUUUUUUAUAUCUUCAUUAGAAACAGCGAUUAAAUCUGUAGCUCCUACCUUAAGUUCUGUUGCUAACCAAUCAGGUAUUGUUUCAAGUGCUGCAAGUGCUGGUACUGCUGCAUUUUUCACUUAUGGUAUGGCAAUUGUUGCUCUUAUUGCAGUAACUAUUAUAGUGAUACUUUUGUAUAUAUGGUUACGCAAAAGAAGAAAAAAUUCAUGGAAACAUGAAUACAAGAAACAUUUAUGUACGUAG